UAGUCCAGUGACUGUUCUCGCAGUGUUUCAAUACUUAUACACAGACCUCGUUCACAAUGAGAUCGUUGGUGGUGUUAAGUGCUUUAUUUGCUGCGUGCGUAGCGGCACCGCAAUACAGUUACCUUCUUAAGUCAUCACCUCUAGUUUACACCGAAGUUCAGCCAGCUGUUUCUGUUGUAUCACCUGUAUACAGCGUGCCAGCAGCUGUGUCUCACCAAUCCCGCGUAGAUGUUAAAUCGUCACCCGCAGUCGUGAACUCUUACGUUACGUCCCCUGUAGUCAAGUCAGUCCCUUCUGUGGUAUCCGCACCAGUGAGCGUGGUUCCAGCAGCGUCUACUUACGUCGGUGGAAGCGCUGUAUCUCAACAGUCACGCGUUGAUGUAAAAUCCUACCCGGCUGUUAUUUCCCAACAAGUAGCGCCAGCUGUUGUAGAGUCUGUGCCGAGUGUGGCCCACGCCGCUUACCUGACCCCUGUUGCCCAACAGGUGGUUGUGAAGUCAUCUCCUGCUGUCUUCACCGAACAAGUGGGUACUCCGGUGAUCGCCACCCACUCAUUGUACCCCUCAGUUUACAGCGCUUGGUAAUUAAUGACUUGACUGUAGACACGACCGAUUUUUUUUAUGAUUCCAAUAAAGAUU